AUGUCUAAAAAAAAUAAUAUUAAACUUAAGAAAGAAAAUGAAACUAUAAAUAAUUAUUUUUCACAAUCAAAAUUUUACUUUAUUUUUCUACUUAUUAUUGCAUUACUUUUAUCAGUAUGUCAUUCAUAUUAUUUAUCAUUAUUGUAUGAAAAUGACAUACAUUUUUCUUAUCUAGCUGAUUUUGAAAGAGAAAUGGCAUAUAGAACAGAAAUGGGAUUGUAUUUUUCAUAUUAUAAAACUAUAGUUAAGGCAGAAUCUUUUGUCAAUGGAUUGGAAAAGAUAAUUUAUGAUAAUGUUACUGAAUAUGGUCAUGAAAUUAAUACAUUGAAUAGAUUUAAUCUAUAUCCAGAAGUUAUAUUAGGAUUUUUAUAUAGAAACUUUAAAAAUCUUAAUGAUAUAUUUAAGUUUACUAGUGAAAGAUGUUAUCAAACUAAUAGAGGUGGUGAUUUACCACCAAUAACUUCAUGUGAAGGUAUACUUAAUUAUCAUUACUUUUAUAUUUAUGGUGUAUUUGGUAUUUCUGGUACAGUAGCUGGUUCUAUUUUUUUAAUUGGAUGUAUAAUUUCUGAAACCUUUUUUGGUGGUUUAAUUUCAUUUUGUUGUUUUAUGUUUAAUCAUAGUGAAGCUACAAGAGUUCAAUGGACACCACCAUUAAGAGAAUCUUUUGGUUAUCCAAUGAUUCUUCUUCAAAUGCUUAUAUUGACUGUUAUUUUAAAAUGGAAAUUACCUAAAUUUAGUUUGUUAUCUUUAUUUACAAUUUUCACUACAUCUGCAUGUCUUUUCUGGCAGUUUUCACAAUUUGUAUUUUUUACUCAAGUUUUUGCACUAUAUAUUUUAUAUUUAUUAGCUUAUGUACCAAGAAAUAUUAUAUCUUCAUUAAUUUAUUCUCAUUUAAUGGGAUUUAUUAUAUCAUAUAUCUUGUUAUUUGGUAAUGAUAUGAUGUUAACAUCACUAUACUUAACAUCAUUAUUAUCAUUUAUAGUUAUUUUCCACUUCUUAGUUUAUUUUGAAUCUCAUACACCAAAGAUAAUCUCAGUUCCUUUACGUUUAUUAUUAUUUGUCAUUUUAACACUUGGAUUAAAAUACGGAAUUUCAAAUACAUUGAAUAUUGAAGAUGAUUCACACAUUUUUGACAUUGUAAAAUCAAAAUUUAGUGAUUUUGCUAAUUUUCAUACAAGGUUAUAUACUUGUGCAGCUGAAUUUGAUUUUAUAACAAUGGAACCUAUAACAAAAAUUUCAAUAACUUUAUUAUUUCCAACUGCUAUAGUUGGAUUUUUACUAGUUAUCUUUUAUGUUUUAAAGAAAGAACUCUUUACAUUAUUAAAACCAUCUAUUUAUCCAUUGGAUAAAAGUUAUUGUGAUAUUAUUUAUCAUGCUUUACAAAGUAUAGCUUUUUGUAUAUUAGCUUGUUUAAUAAUGAGAUUAAAACUUUUUGCAACACCACAUUUAUGUAUUUUAGCUGGAGGUAGUUUAAAUACAUUUUUUUGGCCUAUUAAAUUAAAAAAAAUAUACAUUUAUGGAAUAAUAUUUGGAUUAAUUGGUUGUAUGGGAUUUAAAGGAAUAGAAAAUGUUCAAAAAGAAUUAUCAAAAAUUGGAGAAUAUUCAAAUCCUGAUCAAGAGUUUGUUUUUGAAUGGAUAAAGUAUAAUACAAAAGAAAAUGAUGUUUUUGCUGGGCCUAUGCCAUUGAUGGCUAAUGUUAAAUUAUCAACAUUACGCCCUAUUGCUAAUCAUCCACAUUAUGAACAUGUUGAGAUAAGAAAUAGAACCCUAAAAGUUUACUCUGUUUUUUCAAAAAAAGCAAUUGUUGAUGUUUAUAAUACUUUAAAAAAUAUGGGAAUCAAUUAUUUUCUUUUUCAACCUCAUAAUUGUAUGUCACAUCCUACAAAAGCUCAUUGUUCAUAUAGAACAAUGUGGGAUCUUCAAGAUCCAGAUAAUAUUAAUAAUAUUAAUAAUUGUGAAUUAAUUGAAAAAACUAUUCAGACACGAAAUCAAAAAUUCAUUGAACCAUUUGAAUUAGUAUACAAUCAAAAGAAUUACGUAAUACUUAAAUUUAGUGUACUUAAAAAAUAUCCUACAAAAGUUUAUGAAUUAGAAAAUGGACAAGGAUCCCAAACUGUUUUUAUUGAUGAAAAAGGGCGGAAUUUUAUUUGGUGUGAAAGUUUUAAAAAAAGUGAAUGUUUAUCAGGUAAUGUUAGUGAAUGUACAGUAAAGAAACGAUGUUAUCGUGAAAAUUAUGAACAUACUAUUAGUUGUUCUGCUGCAUAUGUCUUUGAUACUAUUAAUAGAUUUGAUUUUGAUAUACAUAAUGAUGCUCUUCAAGCUAAAGGUUGUUGGAGUCAAGAACAUGCUCAUUUAGAAUGUCUUGAUAUUAAAAAUUGUAUUUUAAAAGAAAAAAUUCGUGCACUUGAUACAAAUAAAUCAGCUUUAUUUUGUUGUUGUUUUGAAUCUAAUUGUAAUUCAAAAGAAUUUCUUAGAUAUCAAGUUGUUACAACACAAGAAGAUCAUGAAUUAAAUAAAUCACUUGUUAAAAAAGAUAAUUUUAUGACUCAAGAUAAAUUAGUUCAUACCCAUACAACAAUUAUACUAGCAUUAUUUUUUAUUUUAUGUACAUUUAUUUUGUUAUGUUCACCAAGAAUAGUAAGAAAUAUUAGAAAAAAUAUUAAUGAAACAAAAGAAAAAGAAAAAUCAUCUGUUUCAUUGGAAAUUAUUGAUAAUGGUAAAAAACCUUUAUUAGUUGAAAAAGAAAAACCAAGAUCAAAUCAUAAACAAAUUGAUAUAAUUGAAAUUUUGGCACGAGGACGUUUUGGUGAAGUUUAUAAAGGUAUAUAUAAUGGUCAAAUUGUAGCUGUUAAAACAUUUAAUCAAGAAAAUGCUGCUAGUUGGAUAAAAGAAAGAGAUAUUUUUACAAAUGAAUUUGUCAAAGAACAUGAUAGUAUUGUAAAAUAUUUAGGAAUGGAUUAUAUUAAAACAGAAAAUUGUGUUAGUUAUAGAAUCUUAUUACAAUAUCAUGAGAAAGGUUCAUUAAAUAACUAUUUACAUAAUCAUAAACUAACUUUUUAUGUUGCUACAAAAAUGAUGAUGUCAAUUAUUAAUGGAAUUUGUUAUUUACAUGGUGAAAUUAAUGGUGGUGAUGAUUCAAAACCAACAAUUAUACAUAAUGAUAUUAAAUCAAAAAAUAUUCUUGUUAAAGAUGAUUUGUCAUGUUGUAUAAGUGAUUUUGGAUUAUCAACAACAUGCUUAAAUGGAAGAAUGCCAUCAGAUGAAGUUUUACAACAAGUUGGAACAAAAAGGUACAUGGCUCCAGAAAUAUUAGAAGGUGCAACUGAAUUUAGUGCUUUUGCAUUUUUACAAGUUGAUAUUUAUGGAGCAGCAUUAGUAUUAUGGGAAAUAUUAAGUAGAACAUUUAUUCCAGAAAUGGAGUCAUUAUCUAAUAUACCUAAAUAUAUAUUGCCAUAUGAAGAUAAAGUUGGUAUGAAUCCUACAAUAGGUGAAAUGAGAAAUUUAGUUGUUAUGAAAAAAAUUAGGCCUGAAUUUAAUGAAUAUAUUUUUAAAAAUACUUUAUCAACUAAAAUUGUUAGUAUUAUAGAAGAUAUGUGGGAUUCAGAACCACAUGCACGAAUAUCUGCAGGUUGUGCUAAAAGUAGGAUGACAGCAAUUUAUGAACAAUUUUCACCUGUUCCAGAUAGUGAUGGUUUAUAUACAAUACCAGAUUGUGCUGACUUAAUAUCAUCAGAGGAGAUAAUUUACUAUGAUUCAUCUGCCGAGACAACAUUAAUGUCAACAUAUUAA